GGUUCUUGGCCAGUGACAUCAGAGAUCCCACGCCCUUCUCGGAUUAUAAAUGCUGCUCGGACGCAUGUACAAAUCCCUUUCCAAACUCACAAGAACGCUGUAGUUAAGAAGUGUGGGCCUGUCACUGCUGCGAUCAUCACUCAUCAUGGCACCAGUUGGAAAGAAGGGUAUCUUGGAGCGCCUGAACGCAGGAGAUGUCAUUGUCGGGGACGGAGGCUUCGUCUUCGCCCUGGAGAAGAGAGGCUACGUCAAAGCGGGACCAUGGACACCCGAGGCUGCGGCUGAGCACCCUGAAGCCGUGCGCCAGCUGCACAGGGAGUUCCUGAGAGCUGGAGCCAAUGUCAUGCAGACGUUCACCUUCUACGCCAGUGAUGACAAACUGGAGAACAGGGGCAACACUCAGAGGUUCAGUGGCCAGCAGAUCAACGAGGCGGCCUGUGACCUGGCCAGAGAGGUGGCCAAUGAGGGUGAUGCUCUGGUGGCUGGAGGAGUCUGUCAGACUCCUUCUUACCUCAGUUGCAAGAGCCAGGACGAGGUCAAAGCCAUCUUCAAGAGACAACUUGAUGUCUUCGUGAAGAAAAAUGUGGACUUCUUGAUUGCAGAGUACUUUGAGCAUGUGGAAGAGGCCGAGUGGGCAGUCCAGGUUCUGAAGACCACCGGCAAACCUGUGGCUGCAACUCUGUGCAUCGGACCUGAAGGAGACCUGAACGGAGUCAGCCCUGCAGACUGUGCUGUCAAACUCGUCAAAGCUGGCGCUGAAAUCGUGGGCGUCAACUGUCACUUUGACCCGGAGACUUGUGUGAAGACCGUGAAGAUGAUGAAGGCCGGCGUGGAGAGGGCCGGGCUGAAGGCUCACUACAUGUGCCAACCGCUGGCCUACCACACCCCCGACUGCAACCGCCAGGGAUUCAUCGACCUGCCCGAGUUUCCUUUCGGUCUGGAGCCAAGGCUGCUGACCAGAUGGGACAUGCAGAAAUAUGCCAGGGACGCGUACAAGGCCGGCAUCCGUUACAUCGGUGGAUGCUGUGGAUUCGAGCCGUACCACAUCCGUGCCGUGUCCGAGGAGCUGGCACCCGAGAGGGGCUUCCUGCCCGCUGGCUCUGAGAAGCACGGCAGCUGGGGAAGUGGCUUGGAGAUGCACACCAAGCCGUGGGUCAGGGCAAGGGCCCGUCGUGACUACUGGGAGAAGCUGAAGCCAGCGUCCGGACGUCCCUUCUGCCCUUCAAUGUCAAGACCUGACAGUUGGGGCGUCACCAAGGGCCACGCUGACCUGAUGCAGCAGAAGGAGGCCACCUCUAAGGAGCAGAUGAAGGCUCUCUUCAACAAGGCAGGCCAAGGCCACUAAGCUCCCCCCCUCUUGACUCCUCCAUUGAAAGAGGAUAAUCCAGGAGUAGUGUGUGAGCAGCCAUACUCACAUUCCCAUAACCAAAACAAAACCCCCCCACCCAAACAUCCAAAUGCUGAAGCUUUUUGUCUUUUUAGGACCAUUUUUACUGUGUGGACUAAUACUGUGAUAACGAAGCUCCAACGAGCAGCUGUGUGCACCCAAGAAAAAUGCCUCGACACUCCAGAAGUGUUUGAUGUCAUGUGUGAAAAUAAAUAAUAAACCCGCAAUUGAAUGAAA